GCCGGCUGGCCACCAUCGCCAACUUCUCGGCGCUCGGGCUGGAGCCGGGCGACGUGGACCUGGAGAAGCUGGAGCAGGAGGACUGCCUGGACGGCUGGGAGUUCAGCCAGGACGUCUACCUGAGCACGGUCGUGACCGAGUGGAAUCUGGUGUGUGACGAUGACUGGAAGACGCCCCUCACCGCCUCCCUGUUCUUUGUCGGCGUACUCCUUGGCUCCUUUGUGUCCGGGCAGCUGUCCGACAGGUUUGGCAGGAAGAGCAUUCUCUUUGCAACCAUGGCUGUGCAGACUGGCUUCAGCUUCCUGCAGAUUUUCUCCAUCAACUGGGAGAUGUUCACUGUGCUAUUUGUCAUCGUGGGCAUGGGCCAGAUCUCCAACUACGUGGUAGCCUUCAUCCUAGGAACAGAAAUCCUUGGCAAGUCAGUUCGUAUUAUAUUCUCCACGUUAGGAGUGUGCACAUUUUUUGCAGUCGGCUACAUGCUGCUGCCCCUGUUUGCUUACUUCAUCAGAGACUGGCGGAUGCUGCUGCUGGCGCUGACGGUGCCAGGGGUGCUGUGCGUCCCACUGUGGUGGUUUAUUCCUGAAUCUCCCCGGUGGCUAAUAUCCCAGAGAAGGUUUACAGAGGCUGAAAAGAUCAUCCAAAAAGCUGCAAAAAUGAACAACAUAGCUGCACCAACAGUGGUAUUUGAUCCUGUCGAGCUACGAGAGCUAAACCCUCUGAAGCAGCAGAAAGUUUUCAUUCUGGAUUUGUUCAGGACUCGGAAUAUAGCGACAAUAACCAUCAUGUCUUUGCUGCUAUGGAUGUUAACCUCCGUGGGUUACUUCGCCCUGUCUCUGAACUCUCCUAAUUUGCAUGGAGAUGUCUACCUGAACUGUUUCCUUUCUGCCUUGAUUGAAGUUCCAGCUUACCUUACAGCCUGGCUGCUCCUGCGAACCCUGCCCAGGCGGUAUAUCAUAGCCGGGGUACUGUUCUGGGGAGGAGGUGUGCUCCUCUUAAUUCAAGUGGUGCCUGCAGAUUAUUACGUCUUGUCCAUCGGCCUGGCGAUGCUGGGGAAAUUUGGCAUCACCUCCGCUUUCUCCAUGCUGUACGUCUUCACCGCAGAGCUCUACCCAACCCUGGUCAGGAACAUGGCCGUGGGGAUCACCUCCAUGGCCUCCAGGGUGGGCAGCAUCAUCGCUCCCUACUUCGUUUACCUCGGUGCUUACAACAGACUUCUGCCCUACAUCCUUAUGGGCAGUUUGACUAUCCUGAUUGGAAUCAUCACCCUUUUUUUCCCUGAGAGUUUUGGAAUGCCUCUACCAGAGACCUUGGAACAGAUGCAGAAAGUGAAAGGGUUCAGAUCUGGGAAAAAGCCAAGAGAUCCAAUGGAGAGAGAAGAAAAUCCCAAGACUCUAAUAACAGCAUUCUGAUUAAAUUUUCUACCCUAGUUGGUGAACUGGAAAACAGGCACGUUAAGACUCUGUGGAGAAGCAAAAGCUCUUCCUCCCGAAAUGGACUGACUGUAUCAAUUGACACUAAAACAGACCUUGUUAUCCAGAAGUGCUUGCCAGGGAGUAAACUCUGGACCACUUUUCCAGAACACUUCCUCGCUUUUACAAAUACUUCUCGCGUGUCUGCCUUACUAGUUAAUUCAAGGAAAUGAAUUUGUAAGGUUUUUUUGAACCGUGUUAAUCAAGGACUGGUAAAAUCCAUAUAAAGAUGAGCAUUCACCUCUAAACAGACCAAUGCCAUCCAUGUAAAAAGAAUACCACUGUAUUAACACGGUCCUUAGAUGACAACUGUGUGUGUGUGUGUGUGUACAUGUGAAAAUGUACAAGCAAACGAGCACAUUCAAAAUGACAAAAGUUUAGGGGCUAACCUGUGGCCUAGUGGUUAAGGGAGCUGGGUCCCACCUGGCUGACCAUGGUUUGAAUUCUGGUGCUGGGGGCUUGA